AUGAUGCGUCUUCUCUGCAUCGUUCCGUACUUCUUCAUCAUCAUCUACGUAUCCUUCUGUGAAGAGACAUUGCGAAUCGUCAUGCUGUUCCCUACACUCCUCCUCGCUGCCGUGGCGCAGGCUGCGCCUCAGUUCGGUGGCUCUCAGGGCUUCACAAUGUUGCGGUUUGGGUGCGCUCAGAAUGUUAUCGACCGCAUUGAUCCUCUUGUCAACCCAGGCCAAGCGCCGUCGCCGCAUAUGCAUCAGGUAGUUGGGGGUAAUGCCUUCAACGUCACAAUGCAGUCGACGGAUAUUGCCAAGCUUGCGACAUGCACUACUUGCGGGUACUCGGAGGACCUUUCCAACUACUGGACCGCGAAUGUCUACUUCAAGGCCCGCAAUGGAACAUACAAGCGCGUACCUCAAAUCCCUAACAGGGAUCUCUUCAACGACAAGUACACUGGAAAGACCACCGGAGGCUUUGUCGUCUACUACGUCUCUGGAGGCAAGGGCCAAGUCACUGCCUUCAAGCCCGGCUUCCGCAUGCUCACCGGCGAUGCCACCAACCGCGUCUCGAAGGGUCUGAAGACUCAGACUUGCUUCCGAUGCUACAACGCGCCCAACUUUGGUGGCGAUAAUGCCGCGCCUUGCCAGGAUGCCAAACUUGAUACCGAAGGCUUCCCUACGACACCUUGCCCGGGUGGUAUCCGUAGCAACGUUCUCUACCCAACAUGCUGGGACGGAAAGAACCUCGAUUCACCCGACCACAAAUCGCACGUCGCGUACCCCUCCAACGGCCCGGCUCUGUUCUCUGGUACUGGCACUGGUGGCAAUUGCCCGUCGACUCAUCCCGUGAAGAUCCCACAGGUCAUGCUCGAGAUCGUCUGGGAUACCAGCAAGUUCAACAACAAAGCGGAGUGGCCCGCCGAUGGCUCGCAACCCUUCGUCCUCUCCACCGGUGACAACACUGGGUAUGGACAGCACGGAGACUACGUCUUCGGCUGGAAGGACGACUCGCUGCAGAAGGCUAUGGAUGAUGCCAAGGGCUGCAUGGGUGCCAACUGCGGUAGCUUGAAGACGCAGCAGCCUGCUGAUGGAAACAAGUGUCUUGUACCCAACCGUGUAAAGGAGGAGCGCGAUGGCUGGUUGACGGCGCUGCCGGGUAUGGAGGGUAUGCCGAUGUUGUAG